AUGGCUCUGAGAAAGGAGGUUUGGUUUUCCAACAGAAGAGCAAAGUGGCGAAGAGAAGAGAAGUUGAGGACUCAACGGCGUCAAGUGUCCAACUCCUCCAACCAUAUUCCCAUCAGCAGUAGUUUUAAUGCCAGUGUUUACCAACCUCUACCACAAACUACAACACCAGUGUCCUUCUCAUCAGGAUCUAUGUUAGGGAGGUCUGACUCGGUUCUGUCAAGCAGCUACAGCCUACCAGCCAUGCCAAACUUUAGCAUGACGGCCAGCCUACCCAUGCAAACAUCUAGUCAGACAUCGUACUCAUGCAUGCUGCCCACCAGCUCAGGUGUAAAUGGAAGAAGUUAUGAGACCUACACUCCUCCUCCACAUAUGCAAGCACACAUGAACAACCAAUCACUGACCUCCUCGACAUCGUCAACAGGUCUGAUUUCUCCAGGAGUUUCAGUUCCAGUCCAAGUCCCAGGAAGUGAAACAGACAUGUCGCAAUACUGGCCAGGUCUGCAGUAAUGUUCUUAAAUGCUUGUGUCAAAAGGGACAUUUCAUUGAUAAAUGGUUCAGAUUGUAACUAAACCUUUGAGAAAAGUCAGACAAAGAGUUUGAGUUUGGUUCUGAGUGGAGGACUUUUACAGUACUUAAUGCUUGCUGUAAACCAGUACGCCUUAGCAACAAUAUUUAUUUUAUUACCAAGGCAUUAUGGAGCCCGAACACCGCCAGUAAGUUUUGGUACAGUCAUCCCUCGUUUAUCGCCGUGGUAAACGAAAGGAUUAUUAAUAAUAGAUCGAAUAUUUUCAUAGUUGUAGCAGAAAAAAAUCUUAUUACCUUUUUUUUGGACACAUUCCGACCCCUUGAAACAUGAAAUUACAACCAUUUAUUCAUCUUUACACCCAAAAAAAGUAGCCUUCUGUGCUGUGACUGUCAAGUUGGUCAACUUGCUAAAGCAUUCCAUGUUGUUGGCAUGAGUGUCCUGCAUUGUCAUUCCAUGUUGUUGGCAUGAGUGUCCUGCAUUGUCAUUCCAUGUUGUUGGCAUGAGUGUCCUGCAUUGUCAUUCCAUGUUGUUGGCAUGAGUGUCCUGUAUUGUCAUUCCAUGUUGUUGGCAUGAGUGUCCUGCAUUGUCAUUCCAUGUUGUUGGCAUGAGUG